AUGGCAUCAACCAGCUCCGAGGAGAAUCUUCCAAGUCCUAAAGCAGGAUAUUGGAGAUAUUAUAAACCUCGACUUCUUAUUGACAUGCUAGAUGAAAGGGCGCGUGUAUGCCCUGAUGCGUUGUUUGGGGGAUAUCCCAUGUCCAUUUUGUACGGACGUCUCGUGCUCAUAAUCUCUCUUUUCUUACAGCUUUGGUUUCUUGCCCUCUUGUACCAAAUAGACAUUCACUCGCCUACUCGCUAUCGCAAAAUUACUUAUGCUCAGUUAGCAAAUGUGGUAAACGGAGCUGCUAGGUUUCUUACCGAGAAGUGUGGUCCUGGAAAAGAUUUUCAGACAUUGUGUUAUAUGGGAUGGAAUGAUUUUCGAUAUGUGAUUUUUAUUUUGGGGGCUGUGAAGGCGGGAUACAAACUUCUCCUCACAUCGCCCCUUCUCGCCGCCUCAGCAACCACUCAUCUCUUCACUACCAUGUCUUGCAAAGUGCUCUUAACCACCUCUCCCCAACCUCCAACUGUAGCCCCCGUUGUGAAGCUUCACGAUUAUUUACUAAUCUCUAAUCAUGAUUUUGCGGCUGCUUAUGUACGAGCGUUGCAAUUAGAGCCUCCAGAGGGAUUUGAGUCUUUGGAUAGAAAGAGUGAAGGCGGGAGGGUGUUUUCGCUUACCGCCCCUUUUCAUACAUCAGCUAUCUGCGUUAUGAUUGCAGCAAUAGCAAAUCAGACAACCUACAUUUUUCCACCCGCGGCCACAAUUCCCACCGCGGCUCUUGCAGUGGAAGGACUCAAACACACAAACGAUGUCGUGGUAGCCGAUUGUGCUAAAAACUCAGAGCUGCUCGAUUUCUUCGCAAGUCACGUCGGAUUAAUGUGUUAUGGGGGUGGAGAUGUCGCACAAGCAUUGGGAGAUAUCGUUUCUACCAAGCUAGAUCUAUAUACAUCUCACGGAUCCACGGAAUUCGUAAACUACCCCCUGGUUCGGGAAAUCGGAGACCGGGAACCGAAAGAUUGGAGAUAUUUUCACGCGCAUCCAGCUGCUGGAUUACAGUUUCGACUUCAUCCUGAAGGAGAAAAUCUGCAUGAAGCGUAUAUCGUGCGGAAUCCAAACCUGAGGAUGAACAACCAAACAAAGGAUCUAUAUUCUCCUCAUCCCAGUGAACCAGAUCUCUGGAUCUAUAAAAUGAGAUCAGAUGAUAUGAUUCCUCUUUCCAAUGGCCAAAUCGCAAAUCCAUCAAUCAUGGAACAUGCGGUCCUUGACUGUACGGGUAUCAAAGAAGCUGUUGUACUCCCUGUCCAGAAGAUCGGCUUAGAGAACUAUAUCACGUGUAUUACUCUCCUUAUCGAACCUGCUUCUAAAGUGUUAUCUACUGAACAGAAGGAUGAUUUGAUAAAAGAACUUUGGCCGAUUGUUGAAAAGACAAAUUCGUACUACAGAACGAAUGCCUUUGUUGAAAAGAAGCGCAUCUUAUUUGUGGAUCCACGAAAGCCAUUAGCUAGGACGGCCAAGGGGACUAUUAGUAGGAAGAUGGUUUUGGAGGAUUACAAGGAGGAGGUUGAUAAACUUACGUAG